AUGGCUGCCUUUCAUAAAAAUGGUCUCUCAAAAAUCGUUGAAUCAUGCCUAAAAAGAAAUCCAUUAAAAAAUAGAAUACGUGAAUUAUGUACAAGCAAAGUGAACCAUAAUAGAGCAUCUGGCGACAUUAUUGGUAUCGAUCUCGGUACAACAAAUAGUUGUGUCGCUAUUAUGGAAGGAAAGCAAGGAAAGGUUAUUGAAAAUGCAGAAGGUUUUCGAACAACACCAUCCGUUGUAGCAUUUACUAAUGAUAAUCAAAGAUUAGUUGGUAUAGUUGCAAAAAGACAAGCAAUUACAAACCCAGAAAAUACAGUUUAUGCAACAAAAAGAUUUAUCGGUAGAAAAUUUGAUGAAGAUGCAACAAAAAAGGAACAAAAAAAUUUACCUUAUAAAAUAGUUAGAGCUCCAAAUGGUGAUGCAUGGAUAGAAGCACAAGGAAAAAAAUAUUCACCUAGUCAAAUAGGUGCAUGUGUUUUAGAAAAAAUGAAAGAAACUGCUGAAAAUUACUUAGGAAGAAAAGUACAUCAAGCAGUUAUUACUGUGCCUGCAUAUUUUAAUGAUUCACAAAGGCAAGCAACAAAAGAUGCUGGUAAAAUUGCAGGUCUGGAUGUUUUAAGAAUUAUUAAUGAACCAACUGCAGCUGCUUUAGCUUUUGGUUUAGAAAAAAGUGAUGGUAAAGUCAUAGCUGUUUAUGACUUAGGAGGAGGUACAUUUGAUGUUUCAAUUUUAGAAAUAUUAGGAGGUGUUUUUGAGGUAAAAGCUACAAAUGGAAAUACCUCUUUAGGAGGAGAAGAUUUUGAUCAAAGAAUAUUAGAAUAUUUUAUUAAUGAAUUUAAAAAAAAAGAAAAUAUAGAUUUAAAAAGUGAUAAAUUAGCUUUGCAAAGAUUAAGAGAAGCAGCUGAAACUGCAAAAAUCGAACUAUCAAGUAAAACACAAACAGAAAUUAAUUUACCUUUUAUUACUGCUAAUCAAACAGGACCAAAGCAUUUACAAAUAAAAUUAACAAGAGCUAAAUUAGAAGAAUUAUGCCACGAUUUAUUAAAGGGAACUAUUGAACCAUGUGAAAAAUGUAUAAAAGACGCAAAUAUUAAAAAAGAUGAAAUAAAUGAAAUUAUAUUAGUUGGAGGUAUGACGAGAAUGCCCAAAGUAUCAGAUACAGUAAAAGAAAUUUUCCAAAAUAGUCCAUCAAAAAGUGUUAAUCCUGAUGAAGCAGUAGCAUUAGGUGCUGCUAUACAAGGUGGUGUAUUAAAAGGAGAAAUAAAAGAUUUAUUAUUAUUAGAUGUUAUACCUUUAUCUUUAGGUAUUGAAACCUUAGGUGGUGUUUUUACAAAAUUAAUUAAUAGAAAUACAACUAUUCCAACCAAAAAAUCUCAAGUAUUUUCAACUGCAGCAGAUAAUCAAACUCAAGUCAGUAUCAAAGUAUUUCAAGGAGAAAGAGAAAUGGCCUGUGACAAUAAAAUGCUAGGUUCAUUUGAUUUGGUUGGUAUACCACCAGCCCCAAGAGGUGUUCCACAAAUUGAAGUCACAUUUGAUGUUGAUGCAAAUGCAAUUAUUAAUAUUUCAGCUAUUGAUAAAAUGACAAAUAAAAAACAACAAAUAACUAUCCAAAGUAGUGGUGGUUUGAGUAAAGAAGAAAUCGAAAAAAUGGUUCAAGAAGCCGAAUUAAAUAGAGAAAAAGAUCAACAUAAAAAAAAUUUAACUGAUUCAAAAAAUGAAGCAGAAACAUUAAUUUAUAGCUCAGAAAAACAACUUGAUGAUUUUAAAGAUAAAAUAUCAGACUCUGACAAAGAAGAGCUAAAACAAAAAAUUUCAGCAUUAAGAGAAAAAUUAACCUCAGAUGAUUUAGAUUCGAUUAAAGAUGCAACUAAACAAUUACAAGAAAAAUCAUGGGCAAUUUCACAAGAAAUGUAUAAAAAUAAUGCUCAACAAGGUUCACAAGAACAAAACACAACGGAAAAUAAAGCAGAGGAAAACAAAGAUAAUGCAUAA